UCCGUCUUCUCCCUCCUCCCGCUUGAUAUCAGUCGCCACCACAGCGGCCGCUGCCGGGCGCGGAGUUGGCUGGUCGGUUGGUGUGUCUCUCAUCGUCGGUGACCGUGCUGUUGAACUGCCCGCCAUGGCUGAGUUAGAUCCGUUCGGCGCCCAUGCUAGCGGCCCCGCGCUGGGGAACGGAGUGGCCGGCGAAGAGGACCCUGCCGCGGCCUUUUUGGCGCAGCAGGAGAGCGAGAUUGCGGGCAUAGAGAACGACGAGGCCUUCGCUAUCCUGGACGGCGGCGCCCACGGGCCCCAGCCGCACGGCGAGCCGCCGGGGGGUCCGGAUGCUGUUGAAGGAAUCAUGAAUGGCGAAUACUACCAGGAGAGUAAUGGGCCAACAGACAGUUAUGCAGCUAUUUCACAAGUGGAUCGAUUGCAGUCAGAGCCUGAAAGUAUCCGUAAAUGGAGAGAAGAGCAAACGGAACGCUUGGAAGCCCUUGAUGCCAAUUCUCGGAAGCAAGAAGCAGAGUGGAAAGAAAAAGCAAUAAAGGAGCUGGAUGAGUGGUAUGCGAGGCAGGACGAGCAGCUACAGAAGACGAAAGCGAAUAACAGGGUGGCAGAUGAAGCUUUCUACAAACAACCCUUCGCUGACGUGAUUGGUUAUGUCACAAACAUAAACCAUCCUUGCUACAGCCUAGAACAGGCAGCAGAAGAAGCCUUUGUAAAUGACAUUGAAGAGUCAUCCCCAGGCACUGAGUGGGAGCGGGUGGCCCGGCUGUGUGACUUUAACCCCAAGUCCAGCAAGCAGGCCAAAGAUGUCUCCCGCAUGCGUUCUGUCCUCAUCUCCCUCAAGCAGGCCCCCCUGGUGCACUGAAGAGCCACCCUGUGGAAACACUACAUCUGCAAUAUCUUAAUCCUACUCAGUGAAGCUCUUCACGGUAAUUGGAUUAAUUAUGUUGAGUUCUUUUGGACCAAACCUUUUGUCUUUAGAGUUGAUCAUUGUUUGUGAUUGCAUGUUUCCUUCAACUGUGUUGUCCCUGGCAUUCAAAGAGAUGGGGAGGUGGCAGAGGAAGGGAGGGGAAGCCUCCCAAUGGCGGCCUCAACCUAUGCUUUCGUGCGUUAUUCUGAGAAUAAAUUUCUGUUUCAGACAAUAAACAAA